GUUACGCCUCGGCUUUUGUAUUAAAAAACAACAUUUCGAGACCAUGGAGGUUAUCCUGCAAUAUACACGAAAAUGUGAUAAUUAUUUCUUUAUUCUAUACGGAUAAGUGACGUAAAGACGGGACACUAUUUUUUAUUGUGACGUUAGUCAUUGCUGGUAUAUGAACUUGAGUGCUCAAAACACUGCCACCUGUGUAUAAGACAGUUUAAUGUUAUUCAUACAGAAAGCAAAAGAUAGAAGGGUCGGGUAGACCCUUUAAACCGCAUGACGAUCUCCUGUAUCGUCUUAUAUUUUGAAAUUUUAAAACGCUUUACAGAUUAUGAUUUGUAGUGAAGAUCUAUUACCUCCAGGUACAGUGCAUUGAUCACCUGAAAUUGACGUUGUUUAAUAUGAAAAAUCAAUCUGUGACUGCAGUGGUUUGAAGGCUAUGUAAAGUCAACCGCGGUGGACAUAGAAAUUUUCUUGAUUAUACGACAAAAGUUAUACACAAGAAGCUAAUUUUCUAAAGCAUGGCGACGACUAUAGGAUCAAGUAUAAAUUUUGCCCGAAUUGUAAUGGCCAUAACAGAUGAAGAAACGGAUAUGCUUCGUGCCAUUCUUAAGGACAAAAUUCCUUCGAGCGACAUUCUGAUGGAAGCCAAUAAAGUUAAAAAGAAACUGAGGCUGAAUGCCACACAAGAGGAUCUCUUAAAACGUGCGUCCACGUCCGAUUAUUCAGAGUUGGACAUCUCGCUUCUCUACACACUGAUAAGAAAUAUUAGUACCAUUCCACAACCGACAAACGGCUGGGGUGAAAUGCCGGAUCAAAACGAUUUUACCAUUGGUGACGAUAUAGAGAGGAUACGAACAAUGCGAAAUGAAAUAUAUGGACAUGCAUCGGACACUCAGAUGUCAGAUGCCGAUUUCCAGACACACUUCAGCACCAUAAGAGAUAUCGGGAAAAGAAUGGACAUAUAUUUUUCCUCUAUGAAUAAAAAUACUGCGUACGAGAAAAAAUUGAAAGAGAUUGAGACGAAAAUUUUAGAUGGUGGAAUUGAGCAACAAUAUAUCAACAAAAUAAAGGAUAUGGAAGAGAGAGAGGGGGUGUUAGAGGGCAUCGUCCAUGCGUGUGCUCGCGGAGACAAAUUUCAUAAGAUGUUCAAAAAGGUGUCGUUAAAGAGUUCCCUAGAGAGAGAACUUCCGCACAAAGACCUGUAUACCCAGCCCUACCUUUGGGAUCUAGGUGUUAUCAUUAAUGGGAUAGAAAAUUUCAUUGAAAGAGAAAGCAUGAUCGAAGAUUCGGUGCAAGCGAUGGAAACCUUGAAGCUCGAAGGCAUUGCUGUAACAAAGCGAAAAUGUCAUGAAUUUUUAGAGAAUCUUCAAAAGUCUAUCCAGGAAUCGCAUCAAUUGAGUCGUUCUUUACAGGACACGGGUGACAUGCUGAUUUCUAUUUUUAGUUUCGUGGUGUCUAUGAAAAGAUAUACAUGCUCUCUAAGAUGUUCGGAAGGAUCCUUGAUAAUUUGUUUCAAGUUUCCAGCUGUACAGCCUCCAGAUGCUAGAAGGAAAGAAAAAAUAUCAAAUGACGUAAGAAAUUUAAUCCUGAAAAAUGAGCACCUGUCUUUCUACGGCUUACCAAAUGCGGAUUCUCUCCAUUGUCUCUUCGAAGAUAUAGAUGAAACUUCUUUUACAGUAGAGCUUCAGAAAGGAAGGGGGAAGAAGAGGAAGGCUGACAGUGAUGAUGACGAGGAAGUAGACAAAUUGACCGAUAAUAGUGAAGAAAUCUCGAUGUCAAUGACUGACGACAAUCAGAUGGAAUUAGACGAAGAAUUGACAUCUAAGAUGGAAGAUAUUGCGAUUUUGUCGGAUGAAGAAAACGACGAGAAGGAAGCUACAGAGGAAAGGGGACUAAAACUGACAUUGUUUCAAAUCGAAUUGACCAAAAUUGCGAAGUCUGGACGAAAUACAAUCGUGUGCUCCGAGACGGGGACAGGGAAAACCAGAAUAGCCUUUGCCAUCAUUGAGCAUCACUUAAAGAAAAAUCCGGAAGGACGAGUAGGCAUUUUGGCCAACAACUCAGUCCUCGUAGAACAACACUACAAAGCUCUGAAGAAGUUGUUACCUGAUUAUGAAGAUUCCGCAAUCACGUUAUCUGGGAGGAACAAGCACAGUCGGAGCAUGCAUUUAUUUGCCAAAUAUAUUCCAAUCAUCAUCAUGACGCCUGCUUUGAUCAUCAAUACAAUAGAGUCAGGCAAAGAUCCCGAUAUUCUGAGUUGCUUCACUCUGCUAGUUUUCGAUGAAUGUCAUCAUACAUACAAAGAACAUAUCUUCAAUAAGACAAUGCGACAAUAUCACAUUGCGAAGGAAGAAAAGAAAAACAUUCCUCAGAUAUUAGGGUUAACAGCUACCCUUGGCACAGGAUCAGCGAACUCGGGGGAGGAUGCCAUAUCGCACAUAUUAGGGAUUAUGGCAAAUCUAGAUGUAGAUAUAUUAUCUAUUGUAACUAAAGAAAAGGAAGAUUAUCAAAAGUUUCAGAAAACUGUUACCACCGAAACCGUUUCGCUGGUGAAGCAGUCCACGAAAGACCGAGUGAGCGAAGUUAUUGAAAGUUUCAUGGGAAUGUUGGAAACUAAAUGUAGGAAUGUGAAAGAUAAAUUGAGUAACAACGAUCCCGAUGAGGCUGAAAUGCAAGAUGUGAUUUUGAGGGUUCCCCCGGAUAGAAACUCCAACAUGUACAUAACGUGGUGCAAAAAGAUCCAGGAAACAGCAUAUCCAUUGAUGGGGAAACAACUACUCUUGUCUACAGAAGUAAUGUUGUAUUCAAGGUAUCUUAAGAUCUUAAGCGAGACUUUAGAAAUCAACGAGUGUAUACGUGGAGAAAGUGCGAUCUUCGCUCUACAAGAAAAAUUGGACCGGGAAAAACUGGGACAACCAUCUCAAAACCCUAUUGAAGAUGAUCUUGCAAAGAUGGCAGAAAACAUACAGACAAAGAUGAAGGAAAGUUUACCCUCACAGUCAAAAAUGCGGCAUAUUGACACGCUAUUAGAAAAAUGUCACGGCAAGCAAACAAGUGUUGUCAUCAUUUUUGUCAAGACAAGAGAACUGGCCCAUUGUUUACAAAUCUUCCUAAAUCAAGAGAAUUACAAAUUUGGGAUAUUGACGGGUCAGACAGCAGGAGACGGGGCGCCUGCAACAAGUCAAGAUGAGCAAAAAAAAGUCUUGAAGAAAUUAGAAGACGGUGAGCUACAAGGCAUAAUAGCCACAGAUAUAGCGGGGGAAGGUCUCGAUAUCCCAAACUGUUCCUGUGCCAUCAGAUACAAGUGUGUUGGAAAUGAAAUAUCAUCAAGGCAGUUCAAAGGAAGGGUUAGACAGAGCGAAGGAACAUACAUUACACUGGGCGAAGUCCAACACACCAGAAAAGAAUACUUAAACUUACAAAGGGGGCUCCUCAUGACGGAAGUAGUGGAGGAUAUCUGUAACAUGGACGAAAAAGAUCGAAGAGAAAGACUCAAUGGAAUGCGGAAAGACAUCAUCCUGGAGGUAAAAAGAAAACAGCAACAGGAAAAAGAUGGAACUCUGACGAGAAAAGAACAUUCCGAAUACGCACUCUCUUGCGUAAGAUGUGGUAAAUUUGACAUUGAUUGCGAAACAAUAUUCCUUAUUUCUGGCAUACAUCAUGCCGUCAUAGAUAAGAAUAUAUCAAACAAGAUCACACAAGAAGCCCUAAAGAAGAAACCUUUUAAAUGUGAUGGACUGGAACAGGUCAACGAGUGGUAUCACAACAGCUGUGGUGAGAAGAUGGGAACCGUUUACCUUUAUAAAGGAGUCCGUAUCCCAGUCCUGGGCCAGAGGAGAUUUGUGUACUACAGGAAAAAAGACCAACCAAGGAAACCUAUGCCUGUUAAAUGGAAGAUCGUACCAUUUGAAAAAUCUUUAAAAGAAGUCCACGAAGAACAGCUGACAGAAAUGGCUGGAGUUUUAUAAAACACAUAAAGUAGACGUUUUAUGAACCCGAUGUAGUGUGUAGUUCUUUAGGAAUUAAAUAACAGUUUCAGUUAAUUUAACAUUAUUGACUACCAUCGCUAAGAUUCCAGAAAAUCAAUUGCCAUUCUUGAUGACAAAUUCACUGGGAAAAUUUUAUUUGAUAUUUACGGGUACCUGUAUAGUGAGAAACGAAAUCGAAACGAAAUCUACCGAAACGAAACGAAACCUACCGAAACGAAACGAAACAGAUUGUAUGAUCGAACUCUUUUAAUUAUAAUAAUUGAAAAUGGUAUUUUAGGCCCCUGUUAAAGUUUACACAUAUAAAUAAAAUUCGCCUCCCCUUUGAUGUAGGCUUUCGGCUCGACUGAUACAAGGUUUUAAGAGUUGGAAAGGGGGGGGGGUAAGCACAAAGUACAUAAAUACCAUGUGCAAUUAGCUUCGGAUCCAUAAAUUUCAGAACGGAAGGUUACAGUCUCACAGGUCAGAGGUCUGGGGAAACACACUAAACGAGGGAUGGGGUCGUCGGCGUUGAAUCCGAUUUUGGGCAUAAAUACAUGUUUCAGUAUUUUUUGCUCUAAAGACAAAUAUAUGUAUACAUGUGGAUAUUGUGUAUUUGAAUGUAGUAUAUCAAACGGUGGAUUCUGAAUAUGUCCUCCCGUUCUUUUUGUGAUUUCUGCUUAAAAUCCCCUUGUUCAUAAGUUUACAAAAUGCCGACCUCCUCCUAAUAUUAUUGCAUUUUUAAAAAAUCCGUUUUCCGUCCCGUUUUCAAUUCCCCGUCUUAGCAACAUCCCAAAUGUAUAGAGUUUUUCCAUUAUUGAAAGUACUCGCACCUCAGCAGUUAGAGAUAAAAUAAGAGGUUAAGAACUCUUCCUGCUUUCAAUUUUCUCAGACACCAGCUUCUUCAAACAAUGUAUCUAUGCCCAAAGGCGGAUCCAACGUCGGCGAUCCCACCCCUCGUAUAGUGUGUUUCCCCAGAUCUCUGAGACUGUAACCCUCGGUUCUGAAAUGUAUGGAUCCGAAACUAAUUGUACAUGGCAUUUAAUCAACUACGGAUAUGUACUUUGUGCUUACUCCCCCCUUUCCAACUUUUAAAACUUUGUAACAGUCAAGCCGAAAGCCUACAUCAAAGGGGAGGCGUAUUGUAUUUAUAUGUGGUAACUUUCACAGGGGCCUAAGAUACCAUUUUUAAUUAUUAUAAUUAAAAGAGUUCGGUUAUACAAUCUGUUUCGUUUCGGUAGGUUUCGUUUCGGUGGGUUUCGUUUCGUUUCGGUAGAUUUCGUUUCGUUUCGGUAGAUUUCGUUUCGAUUUCGUUUCGCACUUUACAGGUACCCGAUAUUUACACCCCUUGUGUAAAAAAAAAAAAAACUAAUGAUUUUUUACCAAGAACUUUUAUUCUCUUUGAAAAAUACCCCCCAAAAAUUUAAAAAAAUCUAAACAGAUAUGUUUUAAGAUUUGUGUAUAUGAAAAGUUAAAACCUGCCUAUAUUACAGGUAUUAAUUUCAA